CUAGGUGCAUUGAAUACCAUCACUAUGAUUAUUUGAUACAGUGAAAGUGUGUAACAACAGGAAGUGAUUUUCAGGUUGUGAUUUUAUUUGUUACUAUAGGCCUAGCUGUAAAAAAAACAAACAGCAUAACCUAUCAUGUAGACUACAAAAAGGGACAACUGGAAAAUAUACUGUCCCAAAGAUAUACAUGUCUACCACCAAGACCAUCUCUCCUUCAUUCGUCAACCGAAUCGUAAAUCGACCACCCUCAGUGGAAGUUUCGCCGUAUUGGCAUCGCUCAUGAGUGAGCAACUUGCUGCUUGUGCAGCUAACGGUACACUUGCUAGUACUUGCGACCUAGUAGCAGAGUGGAAACUUUAGGAACAAAAUAACCCAUUAAACCCCACAGGAAAUGUGAUGUGAGACACUGCAUUUAUCAAAAGGCUGCAAAGGAGUAAAGCUGGCUGUGCUCUGCUCUGCACAAAGACAAGAAAGAAUAUGUUGCAGCUAUGUGUUGGAUUACCAUGUGAUCUCAGUUAAGAAGGUUUGCGAAGCAAUGCUGCUAAAAGUGAUCAAGUAUUGCAGAAUCUAAAGCCAGGAUACAGACCUAAACGAUGGCAGGACCAAGGCCUGUGGUGUUGAGCGGCCCUUCAGGGGCAGGGAAAAGCACACUGCUUAAGAAGCUGCUCAAGGAGUUCGAUGGGGUCUUUGGCUUCAGCGUUUCCCAUACAACAAGGAAUCCUCGCCCAGGGGAGGAGAAUGGCAGAGAUUACCAUUAUGUGACCAGGGAGGUGAUGCAGACCAGCAUUGACAAUGGGGAGUUCAUUGAGAAUGCUGUAUUUUCAGGGAACAUGUACGGAACAAGCAAAGCUGCCGUGCAGCAUGUGCAGGCCAAGAACCUGAUCUGCGUGCUGGACAUUGACAUGCAGGGAGUUAAGAAUAUCAAGAGGACAGACCUCAACCCAAUCUAUAUCUCCAUCCAGCCCCCAUCAAUGCAGGAGCUGGAGAAACGUUUAAAGGAUCGAAAAACCGAAUCAGAUGAAAGUCUGAAGAAGCGCUUGCAAGCCGCAUCUGUUGACAUGGAGCUGAGUAAAGAACCUGGAUUAUUUGAUGUUGUCAUUUUAAACAAUGAUCUUGACGAAGCAUAUGGGAAGUUGAAAGAAGCUCUUCUUGAGGAAAUUAAAAUAGUGAAAAAUACAACCAAGGCCUAAGAUACCACGCCAGCCUCCAUUCUCCUCACCUGUCCAUUCCUACCCCACCCGGCUAGAGCGCCCCUCUCACAUCAACAUUCCGGCACCAAGCUCCCAAUCACAACCAGAUUGUCAGCUUCUGGCAGAAAAGCAAGUUAGAUAUGUACACUGAUAGAAUGAUAUACAAUGUAAUGAUUAAUUUUUUUCUGAACUGGUAUAGCCUCUAUCCCCCGAUAAGCCUAACUCUGUGGUGCCUAUGCGGGGGCUAGUGUUCAUUUAUGCAGGUUUGGAAUAUUUUGGCUCCAGGGCUUUGCGUAGUUUACACAUUCCAAGUACGCCAAGCAUGUUUGCUACCCAUUAAUCCCAGUAGAUGUCAUACAGAUAGGAUAUUUAUGGUUUUCAAUUUAUCUAUCAGAGUACAUUAGAACGGAAGUGUGGGGGGAUGUUGGUACACCAAGACCGUGCUUAAGGUAAAUAAUGUUAAGACUUUUAGUGCUUCUUUGAUUUCUAACCAAUGGUCCAUAAUCCCUUUUGAUACAUUGAGGGCAACACGGCAUUGAUUGUCAUCUUUUCUAUGGUUGCUACCACCAUAGAUUUUACCUGUUGUUGUUCCCAACAAAAAAAAGGAAGUGACUCUUCAGUGAUACAACAUUCUAUCAUCAUUCUCUAAUGUAAUACUUGUCUUAUUCAAAGGAAUCUCUCCCUGGGAAAACAACCAUUUGUGACUCUGGUUGCGUUGUCCUGAUAUUGCUUCUGUGAUGUACCAACAUGCUGCCCUUUUGUCCCUAAGUUUGUCUAAGGACUGUCAUCUGUCCCAUACGGAUUGAUGGAGUCAUGAUUCAAAGCUGUACUGUCAUAACUCUGGUGUUUACCACGUGUCAGUAAUGGGCCAUGAAAGUGUGCAUUUCAGUAAAAGACCUUUCCACUCCUAUGGCAGCUAUGAAACACAGUCAGAAGUCGAGCCAUCUUGCUAUUUCAUAUCAAGAAGCUGACAUCAUUCGCUCUCAGCUAGGCUCUGGAUCGUUGCCGUGGUGUGCUGCUCCUGAACCCACGCAAGCCUACAGAUAUGAGGCUCCCCUCCUGUCCACUCUCAGCCUCAGUGUCAUGUCAUUUUUAGUCUUCAGAGAAAGACCCAACAUCUAAUGUAAAUAGAGAUCUAAAAGGUGAUGUCAUCUUUGCCACUCCUGUAAAACAUGACAGGUGCUUUUUUUUCAGUUAUUUUUUAACGGUUGUAAAAAUUUGGUUACUAUUUAUUGGUUAAGCUGUUCAUAUAACAGGAAAUGAUGUGUAAGGACAUUGGAUAUAAGUGUAUGAGUGGAAGAUGUUUUUCUUUCUCACUCUCUCUCUCUCUGCCUCUCCUAAACUUAAUCAUGAUCUGGCCUCCCAGGGUUUUCCACAGUUCAAAGUCCAUCUUGUACAUUUAUUGUUUAACUUAAAUAUUUGUGAACAAAUGUUUUGAUUGUUAGAUUUUAUUUUUGUUUACUUAUCUUUUAGACCUCAGGUUCUAUUGUCAUCAAAAGAUAUCAUACUUCUUAAAAAGUUGUGGUGCCAUUAUUUAAUAUAAUGCACCUUGUAGAGAAAGCCAAUGAUCUCUCAUCAUAGGCAGUUGGUUCAGUAAUGGAGCAAAGGAAUGUAUUGUUGUCUGAAUGAAGGAGAAUUAAAAUGGAUGAAAACUGAGCACACUUGGAAUCCACAAAACUUGAAAGUGGCUAUAUUAAUUUCCACAAAGUUCUGUUUUUUUUUGUUUUUUGUAACCAGUGUCCUAAGAAACCUUUUUUAUAACCUUAGUUUUUCUUUUUUACCAAGUGUUUGCUAUUAAGAGCUUUAGUGAUAUGAAGUGCAUUAGUAACUAAUACCUAGAACAUUGUUGAAUUUAUUCCUUUCUAUACACUGAAGUCCUCCUUCUGUAGUGUGUAUCUUCUCUUUCAUGUGUACAAAAGCCAAAGCCGGCCAUUGACAUUAUAAAAGUCUCUAACAGGAUGGAAUCUAACUUGUAUACCAUACACACGUCUUAAUUUUGUUUGUUAUUCACAGUACAAUUCCAAUUAAAGUCCCAAUUAUGAAA